AUAUAAAUUUUUAAAAGUAACCGGUAAUUUAUCGUCAGAUAUCUCUCUCUACUUAUCACAUGACGUCAUAAAACUUGUACCCAACUUCCUUUCUCUUUAGGAAUCGUGAGGGUUUGGUUAAAAAUGGGUCGCAGACCUGCUAGGUGUUAUCGCUACUGUAAGAAUAAGCCAUACCCAAAAUCUCGGUUCUGUCGAGGAGUUCCAGAUCCAAAAAUUCGUAUUUUCGAUCUAGGAAAAAAGAAAGCUAGUGUGGAAGAUUUCCCAUUAUGUGUACACUUGGUAUCUGAUGAAUAUGAACAGCUGAGUUCUGAAGCAUUAGAAGCAGGACGAAUUUGCUGUAACAAGUACAUGGUUAAAAAUGCUGGAAAAGAUCAAUUUCAUAUUCGAAUGAGGCUUCAUCCUUUCCAUGUUAUUCGAAUUAAUAAAAUGUUAUCGUGUGCUGGAGCUGAUAGGCUUCAAACAGGAAUGAGAGGUGCAUUUGGAAAACCUCAAGGUACUGUAGCUCGUGUACGUAUCGGUCAACCUAUUAUGAGUGUUCGAUCAUCUGAUCGUCAUAAGGCAGCAGUGAUCGAAGCUUUACGUCGUGCAAAAUUCAAGUUUCCCGGUCGUCAGAAAAUUUACGUUUCUAAAAAAUGGGGUUUCACCAAAUACGAUCGUGCUGAAUAUGAAGAUUUGAAAGCAGCAGGUCGUCUUGCUCCCGAUGGCUGUAAUGUCAAAUAUCUUCCGGAACACGGACCUUUGGAUCAAUGGAAAAAAUUUCGUGAAACUUUAAUAACAGCUUAAUUGAUUACGAUACUUUUUAAAUUGGUUCAAAUAAAAUUUUAUUAAACCAA